AUGAGACCCGACGACAUCAACCCUAGGACUGGACUGGUGGUGGCUUUGGUCAGCGUCUUCCUUGUCUUUGGCUUCAUGUUUACUGUCUCCGGGAUCAAAGGGGAGACCCUAGGAGACAUCCCCCUCCUGGCAAUAGGACCUGCCAUUUGCCUGCCUGGCAUCGCUGCCAUUGCCCUUACGAGGAAGACCGAUGGCUGCACUAAGUGGCCCGAGAACAAAUGCCCCUGCUGCAAGAAACCAAAGGACAGGGAAGUCAUUGAGCUGCUGAGGACCCCCUCGGACCUGGAGUCAGGCAGGAGCAGCUGCGAUGAGUUGGCCAAGAAGGCAUACCUGAAGGACAGGAAGGUCCUCCAGGGAGAUGACUCCGUGUCCAUCUGCACCAUGGCGACCAGCACCACGGCAGGGGAAUGCAAGAGCCUGCUCAGGAAGGUGGACCAAGAGGAGAUGCUGAGAUACCUGGAGACCUGCUACCCAGAGAUGCCCGGGAACGUGUUUGUGGGAGAUGGCUCCACUUACCGUGCCUUGGAGAAGCAGUGCCCUUCUCCUACCUGGGACAGCGCAACCUGCCCUGACACAGAGGACAACAUUUUUGUUGCUCCAAAAGACAGCAUUAUUGUCUGUUCCUACAAAGAGAACAGCCCUUACGACAGAUACUGUUGUUAUAUAAACCCAAAUGAAGUCAGCUCGGACCAUGAGACCAUAGUCUGA